GACACUAAUCCAGUCUUGCAGGCUCCGUCCUUUCCCUCAGGAUGACUGGGAGUGACGCAGGGCGGACGGAAAAAACCGGGGCUUGAGGGAGAGGACAGGGAGAACAGGUGGUGAUGCAGGAAGGACUGUAGCUUCUAUUUCACAGGUUCAAGCCCGAUGCACGGCCUGCCUGCCUGCACAGAGGACAUGAGAGUCACAUCUAUGCUUUCCUGUGACAGAUAUUAAGGAAUUAUCACCUCAGUUUGGACACACUCGCAGGUAACAUUGGUCCCCGUUUCUGCACAUGGGGAAGUAGCCUAGUCAUUCCAUUUUCUUACUGAACACCAAGUUCUAAGGCGCAUUCAGUGGGAGGAGAUAUUUGGAGCCCUCACUCCGUCAUUUUAACAACAUUUCUCCACCAUGAACUACCUACGCCGUCGACUCUCGGACAGCAAUUUCAUGUCCAACCUGCCUAAUGGCUACAUGACCGAUCUCCAACGCCCCGACCCACCGCAGCAAAGCCCCGCAGUGUCGCCGGGGCCGUCGGAGAGGCGCCAGUCCACCAGCCAGCAGCAGCAGCAGCCGCCGCCGCAGCAGCAGCAGCAGCAGCAGUCGGGAGGUGGAGGCUCUGGGUUCUUCUCGUCCAUAUCCAAUGCUGUCAAACAGACCACCGCCGCUGCGGCUGCGACCUUAUCCGAGGCAGCGGACCGGGCAGGAGUCUCCAGCAGUGCCAAGAUCCUCCUGGUUAUCGAUGACCAGCAGACCGACUGGGUGAAGGUCUUCAGAGGAAGAAAGAUCCACGGUGAAUUUGACAUCAAGGUAGAACAGGCAGAAUUUUCUGAAAUCAACCUGGUGGCAAAUGCCACAGGCUCCUACAAUGUGGACCUUGACGCGAUCAGGAAUGGACAUAAGGUUAAUAAAACUUUUAAGCCAGACUUUGUGCUGAUCAGACAACAUGCCUUCAGCAUGGACAAGAAUGGAGACCACCGCAACUUAGUGAUUGGACUGCAGUAUGCUGGACUGCCAAGUGUUAACUCUUUGCACUCUGUCUACAAUUUCUGUGACAAACCAUGGGUGUUUGCUCAAAUGUCUAGACUCUACAAGCAACUGGGCCCGGAGGAGUUCCCACUGAUUGAGCAGGUUUACUAUCCAAACCACAAGGAGAUGAUUACCUCCUCGCGGUUCCCUGUAGUGAUAAAGAUGGGCCAUGCUCACUCAGGAAUGGGAAAGGUGAAAGUGGACAAUCAAUAUGAUUUUCAAGAUAUUGCCAGUGUUGUGGCACUGACCAAGACUUACGCCACAUCUGAGCCUUUCAUUGAUGCAAAAUAUGACGUCCGCAUCCAGAAGAUUGGUAACAAUUACAAAGCUUACAUGAGAACGUCAAUUUCUGGCAACUGGAAAACCAACACUGGCUCAUCUAUGCUUGAGCAGGUCGCCAUGUCAGACAAGUACAGAAUGUGGGUGGACUCUUGUGCUGACAUCUUUGGAGGGCUGGAUAUCUGUGCUGUGGAGGCUCUACAUGGCAAAGAUGGCAAGGACUACAUAAUAGAGGUUGAUGACUGUUCGAUGCCACUGAUUGGAGACCAGCAGGACGAGGAUCGUGUACAGAUUGCAGAACUGGUGAUCUCUAAGAUGAACCAGACUGUUCCACGCACUUCAAGCUCUUCCAUAGUCCGUGCCGCAUCAGGACAGCCACUACAGAAAGCAAUGUCUCCUCAGCCUGUCUCUCAGCCAAAAGUACCACAGGCUCAACAGCGCCCCUCACCUCAAGGUGGUCCUCAGCAAAGUCCCCCAUCUCAGCAACGCCCGCAGCCUCAAGGCCAACCUCCUGCACAGGCUCAGCAGUCUGCUCCCAGCCCUGCUACAGCCGACCCCAGUGCCCAGGCUAAGGCUACCCAAGGACCUGCAGCCCAGCCAAGACCACCAGGUCAGGGAGCUCCUCCAGGCCAGAGACCUCUUUCUGGUCAGGGCUCUCCUCAGAGAGGUUCCCCUCAAGCUCAGAGGCAAUCGUCUGUCUCCCAGCAGCAAAAAACAUCUGCAGGAGGCCCUGGCCAGAAACCUCCAGGGGGCCAACCCCAGCAACAGAGGCCUACCCAGCCCCCUAGACAGCAGUCACAGGGGGGGCCACAGCAACAGAGGCCUCCUGGCCAGCAAGGUCGUCCUGGAGCGCCCACCACCCAGCAGCCCCGACCUGUUGCUCAGGGCCAGGGGGGCCCAGGAGGACGACCCCCACUGCAGCAAAAGCCUCAGCCCCCACAGAAGCCCAGUCAGGACAACACGGCUAUGGGCGGCUCUCCACAACUAAACAAGUCCCAGUCUCUUACCAAUACCUUCAACAUUCCAGAAACCCCAGCGCCACGAGCCAGCCUUAGCCAGGAUGAGGUGAAGGCAGAAACCAUACGCAAUCUACGCAAAUCUUUUGCCAGUCUCUUCUCAGACUGAGACGGCAUAAGACCCUCCCACACCUCCUCCUACUGACAGAAAGCUGGACAGGCAAACUGAAGGACAGUUCCUUCUUCCCCCAACGAACAAGGACCAACAGGAUGCCGUCUCCAAUUCACGUACAUUGACCCUGAUGUGAAAAUGUACACACCUGACACCCACUGCCUAAAUAGUUAAAAUCUUUUCAAAUGAACACAUAGUAGAAUACACAGUAAAUUUAGGCUCUAAUGUCUGAAACAUUCCUUGCCUCGCCUUGAGCUUAAGUAAGUCACCUAUUCAUCGUGUCACACAAACUGACACAUGCCUGCUCACACACACACACACACACACACACACACACACACAAACGCAUACACACAAACACAUACACACAAACACAUACACACAAACGCACGCACGCACACACACAAACACACACACACACACACACACACACACACACACACACAAAAGCCUGUAUAUGCAUGAGCAUACACACGAAAAUAAGAAACAAAACAACACAAUACUGCUCCCACUUGUUUGUUGGUGCCGUAAAGUCAAUGUGAGCUUUAUGUUCAAAUUUCGGUUGGCUUGCCAACCAACCAAAUGAAUUAAGGGACUGUACGGAAAUUAUUAGGGUGGGGGGGGGUGCUGAAUCUUAUAUUUCAUGUUGUAAAAAAGCAAGGCCCUCUCCAGUGUCAUUCAAUAACUCAAAAUAAUAUAUUUAUAGCAAAUAGAAUAAAAUAGUGAAAAAAUAGCCACUCUAUUUUUGAAUAAAGACCUGAUAAAUAAACUGUUUAUAGCCACAAAAUGGAACAAGCUACAACAAUGUGCUGAAGGGCUUGUGCACUGCAAUAUUUUCCCCCACCCGACCAAAUCUGCUGCAUACGGUUAAAUGCACUUCCAUGACACAUAUGAUAACCAUCUUUUUGAUGUAACUAUACAACUCCUUUUUGUAUAAAUAAUCAUACAAAUAUAAAAUACGUAAUAAAAUAGUAAUAUGGAGUCAUAAGACCAUCCUCUGCUCUUCCAAAAAAAAGUUAGACUACCUUCCCUGUGGCAAAAAUAAAAAUGACAAUACCCUCCCCCUUUUCUGACGUUCUCCGCCCCUAAUAGUUUUUGUACAGUCCCUAACUCAGCACAGCUGCACACAUAGGCUGUCCAGUGUUAGCUAAUGCUAGAUCUGUACGAGCUGUUGACCGCUCAUGGUGAUGUCUUAGCUGCAUGUCAACAGGAGGCAGUGGUUGCAUUUUCCUUCCCCUGACAUUGGUGCUUGUAACUGUGUCGUCACACGUAGUUGAAUUAGUUCGUAAAGUAGCCUAGUAGGUGUUGUGCGUAUGUUGUUGCUGCCACUUCUUCCUGUGUUUUUUUUAUUUUUUAUUUUUUUUCGCACAAGAACAAAAGCCCAAAAGCUCUCCACCUUCAAAGCAUGCCUUACACAGACAAGAACGUCAGAUCAAAUGGAGCUGUCUCAGGGAUGUCCAAUUGAUUGUGACACUUGUGUGUGGGUGAGGGUCUUCCAUUGCAGUUUUUAUCGUGGUUGUUUACCAAUAAUGAAGGAAAAGCAUGCAUCUUAAUGAGGUAGAAUGUUUUUAUUAUUUCGAAUGCAUUUGCACACAGAGUAUACUGCAACAUUAUACUUGAAUACAGUGACACAGACUGAUGUAUGAAGUCUAUAUUUUCAGGUUUAGUCAUCUGCCACUCGACAAAGCAACAACUCCCUGUUCCCACUCUGGGUUGCUGUCGUGUCUGUGGCCGGUGCGGUAUAGUAGGAUACAGCAUAGGCAGGGUUGGCAACUGUUCAGGUACAUUUAAUGAAAAAUUAGAUUAUUUACAGUUUCAUUUCAUAUUCCCUAAUUAGAAAAAACCUAUGACUGCAAUCCAACCAUUGAAUUUAGUGAAUGCUCAGUACAUUAGUGGAUUACUUCAGUUUGAUUUUAGGGUUUAACAGUUAGUCAGUGCGUUGCGAUGUUGCACUCAAGUAACUCCCACCCUGAAUUGGUGCAGCAGAGUUUCUGCUUCCAUUAAUACCCCUCUGUUCUCAUCGGCUUCAUUGUCUGAGGCCAUACUCCAAAGCAUAUACAGCCAAGGAAUGUUACAUAUUUGCAGUUCAUCUCUAUACAGAAAAAUAAUGUAAAGGUGUAGGAAUGUCAACUAUGGGAUGCACCUCUGCAGCAGAUUUAGCACUUCCUGUCACCCCUUCUUCGCACUGACAACCCUUUCUUUUCAUCCCUACUCUGAAGAUUUUUAUCACCAGGCACUGAAAAUGUCUUCCAGAAGGAAUGAUUUCCAUUCGAAUGUCGAUGUAGUAUGGCAAUAUCAAGCUUUUUAGAGAAGACCCAAUAGCCAAAAGAAUAGAGGAGUCCUGGUUCCACUGCAGAUUGUCCACGCUGCCUGUGUUUAUCAGCCUAUUUGUGUAGCCACAGUGACCCCUUGUGCUCAAUGGUGCAUAAAUGUGUGAAUGUUGUUCUGUAACUGGUGAAACCAAAUAGAUGUGUUGUACAGAGCUCUGAGUGAUGCGGAUUGUGACCUUUAUCCCCUGCUGCUAUUUGUGCUUGUUGAUAUGUGUCUCUAAAGUUUUUAGCAUUUAUUUUGAAAAUCUGUGCACUUUGAUUUCAAUUACCUUGUACAUGCUUCUAUGAGGCAAGACUAUGUGGGACUCGUAAGUUUAUGCGUUAGUGGUUUAGGGCUUUAUUUUGAAAUUUUACUGCGACUCAGUGUCAGUACAUGAUUGUCGGAGUUGUCGUGGCACAGCAUACUGCCAGGAGAAUCAUUAAGAGCAGCCUUGUGUAAUUGUUACACUGAGUGUGCAAUUUAUGAAAAUGAGCCAUUAUAACUAGCAUGGAUGGUUAACUUUGAAAAAUGUCAUUCUGUCACUCAGAGGCAUCUUGGCCAUAUUAAGACAUACUAUUUGCCGUGGCACCUCCUGAGACUGACAAGAUGAGCUGUGACAGCCAUGCAGAGAAGUAGUUUAUUGUAUUUAUGUUUUUGAUAUUCACAGAUGUUUUCUUUCAAACGUUUACAUUAUUUAUGGUGGAAAUAUUUGACUGUGAAUGUAAUUUUCUUUUUGUUACAGCUAGUUUUAUUGUUUUCUAAAUGCAUUGUAUAAUCAUUGUGAAAAGAUGAAAUCCUUACAAAUUUGAACUGAUUGUCAGUCAAUGCCUGCCAGAGUUAAAAAUCAUAAAUGUAAGUGCAAAAAUCAAAAAGAUUAGGUUUUUGUUAAUCAAAAAAGAUACUGCAUAAUGUAAAUCAUGGUGGAUUAUUGAAUUAAAUGUAAAAAAAAAAAUAUUUGAUGUUAUAUGCAAUGUAGCUAUAUUAUGUGAAAAUGAGUAUGUUCUUAAAACAUGCAUAUGUCUAAUAAAGUCUAUCAACAAUGA